CUCCGCGACCUUCAGGAAGAAUGGCGGGACCUAGCUCCCAGAGGGCAUCCUCCCACACAUCCACGCACUCUCCCGCGCGUGCGCUACGGGCGUAACCCGAGUGGCUUUCACAGCCUUUUCAACAGCGCGCAGGGGCUUCCCGGGUGGAACCUCAGUAGCACUGGGAAUCCUGGAGCUGGGCGACUGGGUCCGCCCGAGUCCUUUCUCAGACGCACCGACCCCGGAAGCAGGUCGUCCGAAGGCGCUCACCGCGGUCUUGCAUAUCCGGGCCCGUGACCCGGCAGUUUCUUCAUCCUCGCGGGCGGGCGGGGUAAUUCUUCAGGCCGGUUGGCAGUUACAUCUGGAUCAGAGCCACCUUGAGGAGCCAGAGCCUGUGACCACCUCUACCUAGUUGGAGCCAGUGACCAUCCUCAGUGACUGACACAAGGAAGUUUUAGGGACCUGGGAGCACUCAGGAGAGCCUUUCCCUGAGACAUGGAGAUUGGGGGCCGAAUGCUCUGGCCCCUCCUGUCUGGCCUGGGGAGGAGGAAAGGCACCAGGGGCUGGGCCUUCAGCUCAUGGCAACCCUGUCGUCCCCUGGCUGGGUUGUUGAGUGCCACAGAGCUGGUCAGCCACUGGACUGCAGUCUUUGAGAAGAGGGGCAUCCCUGAGGCCCAGGCAUCCAGUGAGUACAUCGUGGCUCAUGUCCUUGGAGCCAAAACAUUUCAGAGCCUGAGGCCAGUACUUCGGACCCAGUCCCUGACCCCUUGGCAGCUACAGUACGUCCAGAAGCUGAGUGGCUAUCGAUUGCAAAGGAUGCCUGUGCAGUACAUCCUCGGGGAGUGGGACUUUCAAGGGCUCACUCUGAAGAUGGCCCCCCCAGUGUUCAUCCCUCGCCCAGAAACCGAGGGGCUGGUUGAAUGGGUGCUGGAGGAAGUGGCCCAGAGUUCCUGUGCAGCGGGAGCCCAAGGUGGCCCCCUCAUCCUGGAGGUGGGCUGCGGAUCGGGAGCCAUCUCCCUCAGCCUGCUGAGUCAGCUUCCCCAGAGCCGAGUCAUUGCCGUGGAUAAAGGAGAAGCUGCCAUCUGCCUGACCCAGGAGAAUGCUCAGAGGCUUCGGUUGCUGGACAGAAUUCAGAUCAUUCCCCUGGAUGUGACUUUAGAGGGGAGUUGGGCACACCUGCUGCCCUGGGGCCCCAUGGACCUGAUCGUCAGCAACCCUCCCUACGUCUUCCACCAAGACAUGGAGCAGCUGGCCCCUGAGAUCCGCAGCUAUGAGGACCCAGUAGCCCUGGAUGGUGGGAAAGAGGGCAUGGACAUCAUUACCCACAUCUUGGCCCUGGCACCUUGGCUCCUGAAGGACUCUGGGAGCAUCUUCUUAGAAGUGGACCCAAGACAUCCAGAGCUUGUUGGCAGCUGGCUUCAGAGCCGGUCUGACCUGUCCCUUGAUCUUGUGGCUGUGCGCCAGGACUUCUGUGGGAGGCCCAGGUUCCUGCAUAUCCAGAGGUCUGGGCCACAGCAUGGCUGCCCUGUGGAAGCCAGGCCAGGGCCCCAGCCUGCCAGAGUGCCUGGCUGAUCCUUCUUCCUGGAAUGCCAGGGAGGUGAUGGCACCUUCCAGAACCCAGAAGCUUAUGACAUUUCCUAUGGCUCUAGGAGACUUGGGGGUAGAAGCAAGGGUGGAGAUGUCCUUCUUGGGGUGGCAAAGAACAAGGGCAUCCAUAGUUUGGCUCAGAACUGAGCAGACCUAGGUUCCCAUUCUGGCUCCAUCACAUCAGUGUGGCCAAGGGUAGGUUGCUCAAUAUCUCUGUGGGUGGAAUUGCCUUGGGGAUGUUGGGAGAUUUGGCCAAUAAAGUGUCGAGAGACCAACAAGUAGUCCUCUAA